UCAUGUUCCUCUACGGACCAUGGCAGGGACAGCGGCUAACGGAUGCGUUUAAUCCUCUCCAGCGGGUAUUUCGUGGUUCGGUAGAAUGAAAACCAUGUUUGCGAUUAUUUCUAAAGCACUCUGUAGGAUCACUGGGAAGAAUGUGGGCGCCCGAGUCGUCGCCGCCCGCAGCUUUGCUGACGUCGCUCCUCAGGCGACCUUUGACAUCAAGAAAUGCGACCUGCACCGCCUGGAGGCGGGGCCUCCAGAGAGGGCGGAGCUAACGAGGGAGCAGGGCCUCCAGUAUUACCAUACCAUGCAGACAGUGAGGCGCAUGGAGCUCAAAGCUGAUCAGCUCUACAAACAGAAGAUCAUCAGGGGCUUCUGUCACCUGUACGAUGGACAGGAAGCGUGUGCUGCAGGUAUCGAGGCCGCCGUCAGCCCCUCAGACCACCUGAUCACAGCUUACCGUGCACACGCGUACACGUUCACCCGCGGCGUUCCGAUCAAACAAAUCCUGGCUGAGCUCACAGGUCGAAAAGGGGGCGUGGCCAAAGGGAAGGGGGGCUCGAUGCACAUGUACGCCCCUCAUUUCUACGGAGGUAACGGCAUCGUGGGCGCACAGGUGCCUCUGGGAGCAGGGAUCGCUCUGGCCUGUCGGUACCGAGGAAACGACCAGGUGUGUGUGACGCUGUACGGAGACGGAGCGGCCAAUCAGGGACAGAUCUUUGAGACGUUCAACAUGGCCGCCCUGUGGAAGCUGCCGAUCAUCUUCGUGUGCGAGAACAACCAGUACGGCAUGGGCACGUCGGUGGAGCGGGCUGCCGCCAGCACCGACUACUACAAGAGAGGGGACUUCAUCCCGGGCCUCAGGGUGGACGGGAUGGACGUCCUGUGUGUCAGAGAGGCAACAAAGUUUGCAGCUGAUCACUGCAGAGCUGGGAAGGGUCCCAUCCUGAUGGAGCUGCAGACGUACCGUUACCACGGACACAGCAUGAGUGACCCGGGCGUCAGCUAUCGAACUCGUGAAGAGAUCCAGGAAGUUCGCAGCAAGAGCGACCCGAUCUCCUUGCUGAGAGAGCGAAUGCUCGGCACCAACAUGGCGUCUGCGGAGGAGUUCAAGGAAAUCGACACAGAGAUCCGUAAGGAGGUGGAGGAGGCGGCUCAGUUCGCCACUUCAGACCCAGAGCCGCCGCUGGAGGAUCUGUGCAACUACUUGUUCCACAACAACCCGCCACUGGAUGUCCGCGGGACAAACCCCUGGUCCAAACUCAAGUCUGUCAGCUAGAAACACUCCGUCCACCUGACCCGCAGAGUCCGUCCAGAACCAAAGAGUCUGAGACCUGCCGGGUUUAUUUAUUUAUUUAGAAAUAUAAUUUAUUCCUCAUGUUGAUCAGUCCGCUGGUCCCUCAUUACAAAGACUUGAAGGUAUUCUUUAAAGUUUGUUUUUUGUGAUAAAGAAGCUGCAGGGUUGAACAAUAAACGCACAAGUUUAUUUUUCCUUCAUGUAGAGUUUAUUACAUGUUUAAUCACGAUUUGAAAUUCUUAAAAAGUUUUAUUUAUUGAACGCAGGUUUAAAGAAGAGUUAAUGUUGUGAAGAUGAAAAUGUAAGGGAAAUAAAAUGCUGCAUUUUAUUUGAUGUUUUUUGGACAAACUUAAAAGUUUGAGUUUUUCCAGAAACAUCCCUGAGAUCUUCCAUCUUCUCUGAAAUUAAAUCUGUAGAAGUUUUAUUAUUUAUUAGAGUGUUGAAUUAUGUCACUAUGAGACUAGAUGUUAAAUAA